AUGGAGAACGAGCAGCUCUUUGCGAGUGAGCCCGAGCUUGAUGCGCGGGCAGCUCAUACGACUCCGCCAGAGACAGACGCGCUCUUAUCGUCCUCGGCGCCCGGGGAAUCCUCACCAGAACACAUCCAAGAUGAACGACCUCGAUGGAGGAGACCCAGCAUUUGGUGGCUGCUCCCAUUCAGCCUACUGUUCACGCUGGGCCUGGGCGGAAUGGCCGUGCCCAGAAUAAACCUGAUCAUGUCGCUGAUUUGUCGAGAUUACUUGGCAGAAAAGUCAAACCAGGACCCUGGAUUUACUUUCCUCCCUGUAGUAUUUGGCGAGGACAAUCGCCAAUGUCAUAUCCCGCAAGUUCAAUCACUAGUUGCGCAAUUCCAGCUGUAUCUCAACCUCGUCGCGGGUAUACUAUCAGCAUUAGCCAGUCCCAGAUUCGGCCAUCUAUCCGAUCGAUAUGGAAGAACCAAGAUGAUCGCGAUAGGUGCUAUGGGAGCGGUGCUUAAUGAAGUUAUCACUGCGAUUGUGGCUACCUGGCCUGAGCAGAUGUCAGUCAACUGGCUUCUCGUUGGAGCCAUGCUGGAUGGUUUCGGCGGCUCAUUUACAACCGCCCAGGCUUUGUGCCAUUCUUAUGCCUCGGAUUGUACGCCAGUCGAGAAGCGAAGCGUUGCAUUUGGUUUCUUCCACGGCACUUUGUUCUUUGGAAUCGCGAUUGGACCUGGUGCUGCUGCGUUUAUCAUCAAAUAUGCCGGAGUUACGCCCAUAUUCUACAUUGCACUUGCGUUACAUGCUUUGUUCUGCGUAUCAGUCCUAUUUGUCGUUCCUGAAUCCUUGUCUCAGGAGCGACAGCUCGCGGCUCGCGAAAAGCAUCGACUGAAACCGGUGGAUGUUGAUGCCCCGAGGUGGUACUCGUGGCGUAUCUGGAACCCGAUGAACUUGAUCACGCCUCUUGCCAUCCUUCUACCGGCAGUCGGACGACCGAGUGCCUUGUUUACCAAUCGACGAGGGGCUAGCCCGGCCCUGCGGCGAAACAUUGUGUUGUUGGCAGUAAUCGACACUAUCAUUUUCGGAAUCGCAAUGGGCAUUGCUCAAAUCAUCAUUAUCUAUGCCGAGUACAUGUUCAACUGGGGCAACGUGGAAUCCAGUAUCUUUAUUGCGAUCAUCAACGCUUCGCGUGUGAUCAACCUGUUCGUGGUGCUCCCGUUGGUUUCGCGUUUCUUCCGCACUCCAGUCAAGAAUGACGGGAGUAUCCGAGGCUCUGAUAUGCUGGACGUUGUUCUCAUCCGCAUUUCAGUUGUGUUCGACGUGUUGGGCUUUGUUGGGUUUGCCCUGUCCAAACAUCCAUCCGUAAUGAUCCUCUCUGGUGUAGUCGCCUCGCUUGGUGGCAUGGGAUCAGCCAUUCUGCAAUCAUCGCUCACCAAGCACGUGCCCCAUGAACGGAUUGGACAAAUGCUUGGUGCUACUGGCCUCCUGCAUGCCCUUGCUCGCAUUGUUGCGCCGACUAUUUUUAAUCUAAUCUACAGCGUGACUGUCGCAACGAUGCCCCAGGCAGUCUUCGUGCUCCUUGCGGGCAUUUUCGGAGUCGCGCUUAUCGCAAGUCUGUUUGUCAGGCCCCAUGUCACUCUCGACAAACCCGACUUUGACACCGCAGAUAUAAGAGCUGAAGCAAAUGAAGACGGUGAUGACGAAGACGACGCUCUUUUGAGGUAG